AUGGCGGUUGCCGGUGUUCCCUGUACCGGUCGUUACGUCGUUACAGCGAUUGUGGUGCCUUUCGUGAAAACCUGUCUCAUGGUCUUGCCUUCAGUGCGAACUGUAUGGAAGAGCCUGACUGAUGUUUUCGUCGUGCCAUUCUUUCAGAGCGUAGGCCGAUGCUUUGCCAUGGUUAAUAUACGCCUGGACCAAGAGUAA